AUGGAAGAAUUUAUCUGGCUAUGCACGAGCUUAGCUUUCUUCCUCAUUGUGUUUGCCUGUAAGUUCAUCACACAAAACCCUAAAAAAAUACUACCACCGAGCCCACCUUCAAUCCCUAUCAUAGGACAUCUCCACUUGCUCAGAAACAAGAAAGAACCUCUUCACCGAACUUUCCAUAAUCUCGCUCAAAAAUACGGCCCCGUUCUGUUUCUCCGGCUGGGGUAUCGUAACCUGCUUGUAGUCUCCUCACCAUCUGCGGUCGAAGAAUGCUUCAUCAAGAAUGACGUCGUAUUCGCCAACCGUCCGCGGUCGCUUGCCGGAAAGCACUUGAACUACAACUACAAGUCGUUAAUAUGGGCACCUUAUGGUGAUUAUUGGCGCACCCUCCGACGCCUGACCACCUUGGAGCUCUUCUCGACAAAGCAGCUCAGCAUGCUCGUCGAGUUUCGAAAGGAGGAGGUUCAUGUUUUUCUGAAGGAGCUGGUAAGAGAUUGUGGCACUGACUCAUGGACAAAGGUGGAGUUGAGACACCGACUAAAAAAACUCAGUUUCAACGUCCUGAUGCAAAUGAUAGGAGGGAAGAGGUAUUAUAGUGAAGAUGAGGCGGACCAGGAGGCAAGGCGGUUUAGGGAGUUGAUGAAGGAGUUGUUGCAGAUUCAUGGGCUAUCAAAUCUUAAUGACUUUUUCCCGGUUCUACAGUUGGUGGAUUUUCAAGGUGUGGAGAAGAGGAUGAUGGAGUUGAUGAAGAAGAUGGAUGGAUUUUUUCAAAGCUUGAUCGACCAGCAAAGAAGGACGAGAAGUGAUGGGGAUUGUAUCGAGACAAAGCCUACGUUGAUCGAUAUUAUGCUCUCUUUGCAACAGCAAGAUCCUGAGUUCUAUACUGACGAAACCAUGAAAGGUGUUAUCACUACAAUACUACGUGCCGGAACUGAAUCAGCAUCCACGGCCGUUGAAUGGACAAUGGCACUCCUUCUCAACCAUCCAAACGAAAUGGACAAGGCCCGAGCUGAAAUCGAAGCUAAUGUUGGACAAGAACGACUGUUAGAUGAAGCAGAUUUGCCGAGACUAGAAUACAUGCAGAAAAUAUACACAGAGUCGAUGAGGUUAUUUCCACCAGCUCCACUUCUUGUGCCGCACGAAUCCUCCGAGGAAUGCACAAUCAGUGGUUUCCAUGUACCCCGCGGUACGCAGCUUUUGGUAAACGCUUGGAGCAUUCAUAGAGAUCCAGACCUGUGGGAGUCUUCAACCAAAUUUAUGCCUGAGCGAUUUGAUAGCGGAAAGAGUCACGAAGGAUUUAAGAUGAUUCCUUUCGGCGUUGGGAGAAGAGCUUGUUCUGGAGCUCCAUUGGGAAAAAGACUGAUGGGGAUGGUGUUGGGAGCCUUGAUUCAAUGUUUUGAAUGGGAGAGGAUAGAUGGGGAAGUGAUUGACAUGGCCGAGGGGUUAUUUCAGUCCAUGUCAAAAGCUGAGCCCUUCAAGGCCCUCUGCAAACCGCGCCCUUAUGCGAUAAUCUGACUUCGGUCAAUAUAGGAUGAACUUGUUAUAAGAGAAUUAUUCUCAGUAAUUUCCUAAGGUAUAGUGUCUUAAUUAGUAUAGA